ACCAGUCCCGUACCAACGGGUAGCGGAAUGGCAGCCGCAGCCAUGGCUGCAGCAGCAUAUAGUUACCAUUACUACCAGCAGCAUCAACAACAGCAGCAGCAUCAGCAGCAGCAACAGCAGACCGGUUAUUACACAGGCCAGCAGCAAGCGUACAACGUGCAAACUCACUCCUACUCUCCUGCGGCUCGCGAGCUCUUUCACAGGGCCUCCGCUGGCGCCAGUCCUUCCUCGAGUCGAUAUUCAUUCUAA